AAUAGGUGUUGACAAAUUCGAUUGAUAGGGGCAUUAAAAUUUUUGUCUAUUUCUAGAAUUCAAUCCUCGUCUAUGUCAUAAUAACUCACACGAAGAGCUCGCGAGACAUUUGGACUUAUUAAGUCCAAGAUUCAAGGUGGACGCAUCUCCUAAAACCUUAGCAAGCCCUCUGAGAGCGAAGCAAAAGACAAGAUGGGUAGCGAUAGCGAGAACGAGAUGGUCAUAAAGGAGAAAAAGACAGCGAUUGCUCUCGCGCCGAUAGCCAAACCCCUCGCAAGCAAAAAACUGUGCAAGCCAACUCACAAGCUCAUUCGCAGAGCUACUGAAGCUAAAUGCGUGAGGAGGGGAGUAAAGGAAGUGGUUAAAAGCAUUCGUCGUGGUCAUAAAGAGUUGUUCGUGAUUCCUGGAAAUAUUUCACCUAUUGAUGUAAUCACAAACGUCUCCAUACUUAGUGAGGAAGCUGACAUUCCAUAUAUAUAUGUUCCGUCACGGGAGGAUCUUGCCACAUCUACAAUAACGAAGAGGCCAACAUGCUGCAUUCUUGUGAUGACAAAGCCAAAGAAGGGGGAGUUGGACCAAGAGGUGCAAGAGAAGCCUACAACAGAAUAUGAACUUGUUGCGUCUAAAGUGAAGGAUUUAACAUCAAAUCUCUACUAA